CAGCUGACUCACACAGUGUUUGAAUGCAGUUCAAAGCUGACUUGCACUUGGUAUCUGUAGCAGUUUCGCUCUGCUGUUCCAUGGGGUUUAUGCCUGUAUUUCCAGAGCCAGCCAUCAAGAAAUGGCCAAAUCAUUACCUGUAGUAGCCCAGGAAGAUGUGGAUAGCUUUACCUUGACCAGGACAGGCUCAGGCUUUGCACUCAAAGCCUUUCAUAUUUCUUGGAACACUCACAUCUCUGUGAAGCUGCUGACCAGCCAGGACACUACAGGGAGGGAGUGGAAGUUGCUACUUCAGGAUAUAGCAAGUGUCAGACGCUAUGAGUCUGAACGUCUCCUGCCUUCUCUUGGGAUUUACCAGUACCAUGGACUUGUGGGUAUAGUGACUGAAUGGAUGAACAAUGGAUCCCUCCAAUCGCUCAUCCAUGAGCGUCAGCUGUACCCAGAACUUCCAUUUCCCUUACUCAUAAGGAUCCUGUCGGAUGUGGCUGAAGGGCUGCAUCACCUUCACAGCCUCAAACCUGUGUUCUGCCACUGCAGCCUGAAACCUUCCAAUGUGCUUUUAGAUACACAGUACAGAGCCAAGAUAUCGGAUUACGGUCUAAUCAACUGGAGGAGUCAGCAACUGAGGUCAGACCUGCAGAACUGCAAUCGGAGAAACUGCCAGGAUUUAGUGUAUCUCCCUCCUGAAAUACUUGAAGGAGGCCUUCCUUCCCAGGAAGGUGAUAUUUACAGUUUUGGAAUGCUGUGUUGGGAAAGCCUAAGCAGACAGAAACCUUUUGAAGGUCAAACAACCCUGCUGGAAGUUUUGACAGGAAUCUGCAGCAGUUUGCGGCCUGGCAUUUCAGAAAAGUUUAUACCAAGCAAUUUGCCUGAGAGGAAUAGACUGUUGCACCUUAUCGCUCUGUGCUGGCAUCAGGAACCAGAUUAUAGACCAUGUACUCCAGAAUGUGUAGACCUUCUAAAUGGAAUUUUGACAAGUAUAAAUAAGGAGGCAAUUUCCACUGCAAUCUACAAUCUGAUGGAUGCAAAGGAGAUGGCACUUAAUGCAUGCAAAGGUUCAGAAAUACACACAUUGCAGAUGGGCACAUGCAAUUCAGAGGUCAUCUGUCCACAAAAAAACAACCACUUAAUCAGCAAGAAAAUUCCUUUUGUAGUGCAAAGCUUGUCAACUAUUCUACUUGAUAGCAGUGCAAAAAAUGCAGGAAGAGAAAAUAUUCUUGAGACGGGUCUGGCAAAUACUGUGCCACAGAACGCAACAACAAAGAAAGAUCACCCAGGCUCUGACAGUAGAAAAUCAAAUUCCUUUUGCAUGAUUCCUUUAUCUGGUUCAACCGCAGGCAAAGACAGCAGACAGCAUAAUGACCCACCACUGGCUCUUAAGCACAGACCGCAACCUAGGCAUCUUGAACGAGCAGUGACAGAUCCUAGCUGCAAAGGAAACUGCUGUCAAAUACUAGCCUGCCAGAGACAGACCAUACUGAGCUGCAUGACAGAAGGACGCCUCAACCACAUCCUCGAUGUCCUUCGCUCACAGCAAAUGUUGUCCCGAAUGGAUUAUGAAACAAUUAUCUCUUAUCCCACAGUGACUGGGCGUGCUCGGGCAUUGUUGGACACUUGCCUUUGCCUUGGAGAGAGGGCAGCACAGGUUGUAGUGACUGUACUUCCAGUGACCAUUAGUCCUCUGGGACAAGGCAGCCACUGCCCAGACUGUCCUUCUAAGAAGUAAGAGAUGCAUCAGUUGAAGAAACUGUGGACUCCUUCAACCAGGCUGAAUUAAAAGGGAGUGAUUUAGAAUAAACACUUCUUCAACCCUUGAAAUGUGAUAACAUUCCAAAGUAUUUCAACACCUAUUUCCAACUGUUGGUCUUGAACUUUCCACAUAGCAACAACAAUCUCCGUAUGAGCAGAAAGCACAGCUGAAUUUCACCCUAUCAGAAGUAACCUGGCUGUACUCCAGAAAGUUCUGUACAGCUAGUCUUUUCUUUAGAUUUCAAGGAAAAUUGUUCAUAUUAGUUAACAGAAUGACCACCUACAUUAUAUUUGUUUUCCUUUCACCAAAAAGGGCUCAAAGCUUUUUACAGCUCAUUAGAAUGUUACCUGGGGAAGAAGAGAGAAGUGACUAAGGAAUACACCUGGAAAAUAAAAAAAAAUACCCAGAUGUAUGAGACUUUUCACCUUGGAAGAGCUGCACAAUAUGUUCCCAACAGAACUGUCUUUAUGCCACUUACAUGUGCUGCAACAGCAUCCUGUCACAAAAGAACAGGAAACUAGAAGGAAAACACUGUGAGGUGAGUGCCUGCCAUGUUCACUUGUGUGUGUGCAAGGUGCUGAACUAACCACUGUUUUCCAUUCCAUGCUGGCAACGUUUUAGCUGGAAAACAGUAUUCAGCUCUAAGCAUGGACUGAGGAGAGCCCAGAAGGGAGAGGAAGGCUGAUAAGCAGUGAGGAAACCUGACGUGUAAGGACAAGUUGAUAAAAUUGUGUGUGUUCGGUAACAAACAGGAGGGAAGAUACAAGAGUCUGGAGCAGAGGCAGUGAACAUGCAGUGAUGAAACAGAGGACCUGGCACCAACCAGUUGUCUGUUCUUUGGCUGUAUGUUUCUGGAGUGGCUUUAAAGCAGGUGCUCAAAAAGAUUUAAAGGCUGUUAGGAGGACAGUCUCCUUUCCCACACCCAGACCAAUUAGCAAUAUUCAUGGAACUUUUUUCACCUGAACAAGAGCUUUCUAGUUGACAAAAUGAAUAUAAACAGCAGUGAUUUGCUAAGCCUAUUCCCUCAGCCUGUUCAGUUUAUUUAUGCAAAAUACAAAUGUUUGAAGUGAUUUAAGGGAGAAAUGUGUGGGGUUUUGCUGGGAGUUACAUAACAUUAAUAUUUAUAACUGCCCUGUAACUCAAUUGCUAUUUAUUUCACUAAAAUCUACUUGUGAAGUCAUGUGCCUGUUAGCAAGUCAGCUAUCAGGAAGAUGGAAUAGAGAAAAACCUGAAUUAAAGAGCCAUGGAGAUUAUUUCCAUCCUCUACAGUAUUUCUGUUGAAUUCUAAAAAGAAAAGGCGGCACUCCUGCAUUUUUGCUUCUCUGCAGAUCAUGGUUCGUCAUCUCUCAAAUACAAUGAAAAUCUUUUCCAUCCUUAUUAAAUCUGUACCAAGCAAGAUUUCUGUCAAUCCCUUAAAUGUUUGCUGAGAGUGCCACUAAAACAUGUAAUCUUUUUCAUUUAGAAAAAUUAAUUAAAACUAUUUAAGAUUCCAUAUUA